AUGAAACAUCGACAAAAAGGAAAACAAAAGAGUAUAGAUUCAGCAGACUCAAAUUAUGUUCCAGAAACACCACCCUCGAGUAGUAAUCCAUAUUCAAGGGAGCGUAAUAUUUCACGUGGAGAUAGUAGUGAUAUUUCAUAUAUAGGUGAAGAAGAAUCUCAUCGAUUCCACACUCCAGCUCGUCCUUCUGUUAGUUCUUCUCAUCAAAGUGUUUCAUAUCCUACAACACUAAGAGUUGAUGAACGCCUUCAAAAAGUAAUUUUGAAAUAUGAAAUUCCAAAAAAAUUUGCCGAUCGUCUUCAUGUACUUGCAAAAUAUGAACUUAUUAUCGUAUGUGAUGAUUCAGGUUCAAUGAAAACAUCUGUGGACAAUUCACCACGAACUCGAUGGGAUGAGCUUCGAGAAUUUGUUAGGAUUAUUUUAGAAAUCGGAAUAAUAUUUGAUGAAUCGGGUGUUGAUAUUUAUUUUCUCAAUCGUAAACCGAUUCUUAAUGUAAAAAAUCCUGAAACAAUUGAUCAUGCAUUCGCUAAAUCACCAGAUGGUUAUACACCAUUAGUACGUACUCUGAAAAACAUAUUUCAAUUACCAGCAACACGUCGAGGUUAUGAUAAGAAAGCAUUAGUAUUUGUUGCAACUGACGGAGCAUCAACUGAUGAUGAAGGAAAUGUGAACGUUGAUGAACUUAAACAUCUGAUGAAUGUAGAACGGCAAGUGGACACGACUUUUGUCAAGUUUUUAAUUUGCACUGAUGAUCGUAAUUGUGUAGAUUAUCUAUAUGACUGGGAUAAAACAAUGAAGAAUGUUGAUGUGACGGAUGAUUUUCAUACAGAAAGAAAGAGAGUUCAUCAAUGGCAAGGCACAAAUUUUCAAUUUUCUAAAGGUGAAUACAUCGUUAAAGCAUUGAUUGGUGCAGUUGAUCAAAAAAUGGAUGAUCUCGAUGAAAAAUUUAUAGAAAGGUUUUAA